GAGUCGGUGCGAGAUCUGCGGGAGAAACGGUCGCGCUCCGGCGGGCUCGUGAGGCGAAUCGCGUCUUUCCCGCUUUGGCUUAAUGCUUGCUCAGUGAUGGCUGACGAAGCAAUGGAGUAUGAUGCUCAGGUACAACCGGAUCCUCCUCCUGUAGAACAGCCUGUUCCUGCAGAAAUGGCCAGCAGCCAAGAACAACCAGCCGUGCCUCCACCUGCUCCUGCAGAAGUAGUUAGUGUUCUGGAAGAUCCACCCCAAAUCCAGCUUACCAUUGGAGAUAUGAUCAAUGAAGCGCUCCAAUCCACUCCUGAUGAACUUAUUGGCCCAGAUGGGACUCUGCCUUUUCCACAGGUUGACCUUGACCUGACUCAAGAAAACCCCUUGGGAAACCUUAAUAUAGAUAGCAACGAUCCACGUGCUUCAGGGCCAGUGUAUGUGCGAGGGGUUCAUUCUGGCCGUAUUCUCCGUGUGUCGUCAUUGGAGUCUGUGAACAGCUUCAUCAGUGGGCUCCAGAGACUUCAUGGCAUGCUGGAAUUCCUGAGACCUGCAUCUUCAGACAAUAAUGUGGGACCAGUGAGAGCGAGGAGACGGAGAGGGUCUGCUUCACGAAGGACAAGAACUGGAGGGUCUCAGAGGACAGAUGCUGCCAGGUCAAGAGCCCCAUUGGAUGCUUAUUUUCAAGUGGGCAGGGCUCAGAUUCAUGUGCAGAGUGGUUUAGAUCCAGUAAAUCCUAUCUCUGAAGAAGUAGAAGUGUCCGAUAGUUCUGAAUCUGAUAGCUCCUCAGACUCUGAAGAGGUUGAUGUCCAGCCAGAAGAACCUGGAGCUGUUUCAGAAGAUCAACCAGGAGGCAUCUCAGCAGAUCAAGAUGUUAUAUAUGUUGGUGGAGGAAAGAGCCUUCCCAAACAGCAGUCUCCCCAGAAGUCUAACCCUCUUAUGUCUUCUGCAUCUGUGGAUGAGGACGAAGGGGACACUUGUACAAUAUGUUUGGAGCAGUGGACUAAUGCUGGAGACCACCGGCUCUCAGCAUUACGCUGUGGGCACCUCUUUGGGUAUAGGUGCAUUUCUAAAUGGCUCAAAGGACAGGCACGAAAAUGUCCCCAGUGCAACAAGAAAGCCAAGCAUGGUGACAUCGUUGUCCUAUAUGCCAGAUCCCUGAAGGCUUUGGAUACUAGUGAACAUGAACGCAUGAAAAGUUCCUUAGAAAAGGAGCAAAUGCUAAGGAAGAAGGCCGAAUUAGAAUCUGCACAGUGCCGACUCCAGCUUCAAGUUCUUACUGAUGAGUGCACUAAGCUUCAUGGUCGUGUACAGGACUUGCAGAAACUUAUUGUGGAGCACCGGGAUCAGAUUUCAAAGAAGUUUGGAGGCUUCCAAAUCAAACUCGAAAGUGGCCUACCCUCAAGCCAGGGCCUUCACAAGUAUUGUCUCCAGAAGACCUUUACUGUGUCUCAGACUGGCCACUGCCGAAUCAUGGCUCACUGUGAUUCUAUGAGCUGCCUGGUAGUGUCCCAGCCUUCUCCUCAAGCCUCCUUCCUUCCAGGCUUUGGAAUUAAGAUGUUGAGUACUGCCAAUAUGAAAAGCAGUCAGUAUAUUGCCAUGCAUAGCAAACAGAUCCGUGGACUGGCUUUCAGUAGUAGGUCCAGAGGCUUACUGCUCUCUGCUUCCCUCGACAACACUGUUAAGCUGACCAGCCUGGAGACAAAUACUGUGGUCCAGACUUAUAAUGCUGGACGUCCUGUUUGGAGCUGCUGCUGGUGUCUCGAUGAAAAUAAUUACAUCUAUGCUGGCCUCGUCAAUGGAUCGAUCCUGGUGUAUGACCUUCGUAACACAACCUCUGCUGUUCAAGAGUUAUUCCCUCAGAAAUCCAGAUGUCCACUGGUGUCUUUGUCAUACCUACCUCGAGCUGCCUCAACUGCAUUUCCAUAUGGUGGGGUUUUGGCUGGGACUUUGGAGAGUGCAACCUUCUGGGAGCUGAAAACGGACUUGAAUCAUUGGCCUCAUGUACUACCCUUGGAGCCAGGGGGCUUCGUAGACUUUCAGACAGAAAGCAGCACUCGUCACUGUCUUGUGACUUACAGACCUGAUAAAAACCACAGCACCUUACGAAGCAUGCUAAUGCAGAUGUCCUACAAGCUGAAUGAUGUUGGGCAGCCAGUGUGUUCAUGCCACCCUGUUCAGACAUUUUUUGGCGGACCCACUUGCAAACUACUGACGAAGACUGCUGUAUUCCAAAGCCCAGAGAAUGAUGGCAGCAUUCUGGUCUGUCAUGGGGAUGAAGCAUCAAAUGCUGCUAUGCUCUGGGAUGCUGGCAGUGGGACGUUGCUGCAAGAACUGCAGGCCGGUCAUCCUGUCUUGGACAUCUGCUCAUUUGAAGUAAACCAGUCUAGUUACUUAGCUGCUUUAACAGAAAAGACAGUCCACAUAUAUAGGUGGGAGUGACCCGAGCCUUUGAGACUUAACAGGCAUGGUGCUAGUUUAUGUUUAUUAUUAGCUCGUGUCUUAACUGUAGACAUGACUUCAACCUUUCGGGAUCAUGGUUCUUUGGAUUAAUAUGUUUCUAGGACUCCAGAUCUCUGAACACUACUGAUAGAUAUUGUUUCAUCAAAAGUAUGACUGCUGUUCCAUCUGCAGAAGCAAUUUCUUGGCUUAAAGCCUUGAUUCUUUGUUAAGAAUUAUUUUCUGUAAUUCUUUGAGACUUUCUCGUCAGAGAUCUCAUUUUAACAGUCUUUGAGGAUAUGAGUGCACCAAACAUUUCUGGGCAGCUGGUGUCACUAAGUGAUAAUGGAAAUUGGGCUUCUUUGACUUGGAAAUUACGUGUAUUUUGGAGAGGGACUAACCAUCUUUUGGCUGUAGUAUGGUUGAACACAAGAGGGCACUAUAGAACUUCAGAAGUUCUUGAUCUGUUUCUGCCCCUUGUGGCCUGCAGCUAGUAGCAUGAUUUUAUUCCCCGAAAGUGUGUUGUAGACAGCAUCAGUUCUGCUUUGUGGCAGUAGCAGUGAUGCAGUUCUGCCCUGCUGGGAUAUUGCAAACCAGCUAAUGGAAGAAGCUAACGCACGAGAGACCCUUUAACUCACAUUAUGGGAGUCAAAAAAGUCUCUAGUUUCUUGAGCAAUGUAGUGAAAAUUUUUUCCUACCUAGCUUAGAAUCACUGGAUCAGUUUUAUAUAAACUGUUACUUUGAAAACCUGUCCCAUUCUCCAUCAAGAUGGGCAAUGUGUUAGAGCACAUCGAGGCUGGGGGUGUAGCUUAAUGAUAAUGUAUUUUGUGUGUAUGAGGCCCUCAAUUAAGUCCAACACUGAGAGAAAAAAAGUUUACUUGUCUAUUGGGAUUACAGAGCUUAUUGAGACUUUCCAGUAGUCUUUGCUUUUCUCUCUGAAGAUGUUUUAAUGUUCUGAGUCCAAAGUUUCUCUGGUUUGCGACCCUCAGUGACUUCUUUUAAAAUUGAUAGUAGGGGAGCCAGAGAUGGUACAGAGGUCAGGGGUUAGGGCUCUUGCCUUGACAUGCAGCUGAGCACAGCAGUAGUAAGCCCUGAGUGCUUCCAGGUGUGGCCCCCAAGCAGGAAAUAGUAAUAUUGAGCUGUUGUUAGUUGAGUGAUUGUGCUCAGGAAGAUAACAGUAGUUGAGGUCUGUGUGAAUUGCAGGCAAAUGCUUUCCAGUUUUCCCACCCUGUGUGGGCUGUCACUGGAAGGUACACUCUCCUCCCAUGGAGUACUUAACAUUUGUGAGCUUUGCCUAAGGUGACUCUGCUCUCCUUGACAAAACAUGCCUCGUGAUGUGAGCAAUUAGUGUCCUGUCCUGGGGAGCAGGUGGUUAACAUUUUCUUUAAUAAUUGUUGUGAAAGUGUUAGCCACUUUGUGUUUUUUGUCUUUGGACCCCAUGCAGUGGUCCCCAAGAUUUAUUCUUGGCUCUGAGCUCAGGGAUCACUUUUAGCAGGGCUUGGGGGACCGUAUGAGGUUCCAGGGAUUGAACCCAGGUUGGCUGUGUGUAAGGCAGGUGCACUAUUUUCUGUCCUAUCUUUUAUUUUAAAAUAGUUUGACCUUUCAGCUUCUGUUUUGUGUAUAUCUUAUGAGCAGGGUUUUUCACAACAAAUUAUCCCAGAGCUCCAAGUUGUGCCUUUUAAACAAUAGCCUACUCCCAUUUGAAGGCAUCUUUUAAAAGUAAAGUUCUCUGAGAAAAAGACCCUAUUUCUCAGAGGAAAUAAUCCUUUUGAUGUGUUGAUUUAAGAUUGUCUGCUCAGAUUUAGAGCUUCAGUGACCGAAGUUGAAUUUAAAAAGCAGAACCUGCAGGUAGGACAGAUCCUACUUGUACACUACCAACCCGGGUUUGAUCCCUGGAGUUGCAUAAGAUUCCCUGAACACCACCAGAAGUAACCCCUGAGCAUCAUCAGGGUGGCCUAAAAAAACAAACCAACCCAGGUUUCCAUAUUGUCAGAGAAAUUGCAGGUUCCCAAGCCCAGACUACCACUGUCUUUAACAGGUAAAAUAUUUGAUCAACCUUAAAAUUUGACUACCAUUAAAGUACACUCAGCAGUACUGAUUGAUUCUAGAAGCUUAAGAUCCAGGAACCUUUGAAUGUUGGAUCGAUCUCAUGCCUCACUAGUCCUUGUUUUUUUCCAAUAAAUUGGGAUGUUUAGAAACAAAUUAUAAUGCAACUGAUUUCUUCAAAGAAAAGAACCCCCAACCUUGCCCAACUGGAAGGAGGGAAUAUCAAUAGAGCCAGGUGCUGGUCUCUAUGCACUCCCCAGCUCUGCUCCACACCAUCUUUCCCUCAUCUAUGUCUAAAAUUGCUUUCCUUUUGAGGGUCUGGGGUUCAGCAAAUUCAGUAUAUCCUAUCAUUGUAUAUACCUUUACCUGCUUUGAAAAUGGGUGAUGGGUUCUCUGUUUGUGUUCUGUUUUUAAUAAUUGUGUUUUAUAUUUGUUUCACUUACAUGAAAAUAAAGCACUUGUUAAGUGUAA